AACCCCAAUUAGAGAAUUGACAAGUUCUUUCCGCCCAGCAAACGCCCCUAUACAAUGGUUCUCCUUAAAGCUGCCCGUUCGUCUGCCAUUUCUUUCUCCAGUUAAUACAAUGAAGAAACUCCAUCGCCUAAAAAAUGAUACAAAUCACAAAAUUACUGUCCAAAAAUUCCCCACCAAAACAAGAGCUUCAACAUCCAAAACCACAACCAUUAAAGUAAAAAAGCAGCACAAAUCAAAAGAUUCAAAACCCAACUCAGAAUCUCAAGAAAACCACCCAAUCCCUCAAAUUAGUAAUACCCUUAUAGCUUUCUUGGAUAAAAAUCCAAUCUUGACCCAAGAUUUUUACCAAAUUGAUGCACUUGAUCUUGCCCCUCGUUUGCUUGGCAAGUUCCUUAGGAGAGAUGAUGUUGUUCUUCAGAUAACUGAGGUGGAAGCUUAUAGGCCAGAUGAUUCAGCUUGUCAUGGUAGAUUUGGCAAAACAGCUAGGACUGC